CCAGUUACUGAGCACAUCCCGCUGUAUAAGUCGGGCCAUCGAUGUAGAACUACAUACAACAGUGACACAUUUCAAGAUGGAGAGGGCAGCUGCAGUGUUGGGCCUGGUCAUGGCACUGAUGUGCAGUGAGUGCAGUGGCCAGUGUACGGACUCGUCCACCGUCAACAUCUACACGGAGCUGAAGGAGCUGAGGCUGAUGGUGGGGGAGCUCACCGGGAGGCUAGACGCCACACAGAAGGAGCUGGAGCAAGAGAGAGCAGCCAAAAGAGUGGCUUUCACCGCGUCAAUGUUGAGUUCAGAGAGCAGAAACCAUGGGCCCUUUGAUCGUGAGACCAAUCUCAUCUUUGAAAAAGUCAUCACAAAUGUCGGCAGUGCUUAUAAUGCCAACACAGGUGUCUUCACUGCACCAGUGAAAGGGUUGUAUUACUUCCGUUACUCUGGGCGUGCCACUUCAAGUAAAGACAUGGGCUUGAGCAUCUUUAAGGGGACCUCACGUAUUGUGUCCUCAUACGACCACCACUCUGGUGACACAAACGACAGCAUAUCCAACGGUGUUGCUCUGGAGCUGGAUGUCGCCGACGUGGUCUACAUGCGCCUCUGGAUCAACUCGUGGAUCUUUGUGGACGCCCGCUACAACUACUGCACGUUCAGCGGGUUUUUGGUCUCGCCUAUGUGAUUCCUUUUGCCUCUGCUGAAUAUAGGCUACUGUACAUGAAAGUUUGGUUCUGAUUCAAAGUUUUGAAACAUUGUGAGCCAUUACUUGAAAGUAAAACAACUUAAAUUGUGUUGCUUUAAAGAAUUUUGGGGGUUACAGCGCUAACUAGAUGUAAUACAUUACUUAUUUUUUUUAUUUUAAUUUUUUUUAAGAACAGAUUUUGGAUUCCUUGUGUUAGAUAAUAAAGUAAUGGUGUUAAAUGAUUCAGUUCACAUGUAGGGGAGUUUAGAAUGUUUUCUUGAUUUUUCUAGUUGAAUUGAAGUAACUGAUUUUUCAGCAUAAAGGGUCAAGGUCAAAGAUAUACGCACUAAUUGUUUUUAGAGUUUUUGACAGAAACAAAGCGCUUGCUGUCACAAAUGUUGAAAAGGAGUACGUUCUAUUAGUGGUGGUGCUAGCUUAAGUUUGUACAAAGAGUUGUAUUGGAUGAUUUUGCAUGAAACAAUAAAUAUUAAGAAAGGUU